AUGCUUUUCGGCCUGAAGAAUGCAAGCACUACGUACCAGAGGCUGGUCAAUAAGAUGUUCACGAAACAACUAGGGAGGACUAUUGAAGCAUAUGUAGAUGGCAUGAUUGUGAAAUGCUGCCUUGCAAGUGGUCAUUGCAUAGAUUUGCAGGAAACCUUUGACACUCUGCAGAGAUACCAAAUGAGACUGAACUUUCAGAAGUGUGCUUUUAGAGUACAGUUCGGGAAGUUCUUAGGGUUAAUGAUCACUCAAUGGGGGAUCGAGGCCAAUCCCGAGAAGGUUCAAGCCUUUCUGGACAUGGCCUCCCCAAGGAAUGCUCAUGAAAUGCAGAAGUUGACCAGGGGGUUAGCUGCAUUGAAUGGGUUCCUAGCAAGCUCAGUUAUGAUCCUCGAGGAGGGGAUAGAGCAGCAACCAAUUUACUAUAUUAGUAAGGUGUUGCUCCCAACAGAGAAGAACUGCAUGGCUAUUGAGAAGUGGGGCAUAGUGUUGGUGUUUGGCAUAAACUGCGCUCUGAGGACAACGAUCAAGCCCCAGGCCUUGGCAGACUUUAUCAGCGAAGCCACUGGUAGGGAUGCAAAGCCUUUUGAGGCAGGGCAUCCUACGAACCAACCAUGGAUUUUAAUGACUGAUGGAUCCUCAAUAGCGAAGGCAACAUGCUUUAGCUGUGUUCUAGUCCCACUAGAAAGGGAUUCGCUGAAGUGUGCCAUGGUGUUGACUUUCCUUGCCACCAAUAAUGAGGCGAAGUAUGAGGCGCUCAUCAUAGGCCUCAUGAUUGCGAAAGGGGCUGGGGUCACAAACUUGCGGGAGUGCGAAGCCAAGGAGGAUCGCAUGAUCAAAUAUGCAGAACAAGCGAAGGUUCUGUUGGCAAGUUUCCCUCAGUUCAAGGUAGAGUUAAUCCCACGAGGGGAGAACUGCAAAACUGAUUCCCUUAGCAAGAUUGGCACUGAGGGGGUCGAGGCGAAAGGGAUCCAGUUCGUUGAGAUCCUGAGGAAAGAGGGAAGCACUGCUGCUGCACAGGUCAUGGUUGUGGAUCAAAAGGCAACUUGGAUGACUCCAAUUGUCGUUUACUUGAAGAGAGAUGUGCUGCCAGAUGAUCCCGUCAAAGCAAGGAGGCUAAGAAUGUUGUUCGCAAAGUAA